CACAGGGGCAGCUUGGGAGGAAAGGCAGCCGGCUGCCGCCUUCUUGGUCUCCGGUCCCAGACUAACCCACUGGUGGACGUAACUGCCUUCCCUUUCUCCACCCACUCCAAAAGUUCUACUUCUGUCUGUAGCAGCGCAUGUACUCUUGUGGUUGAGCUGGAUGGAACACGCAAAGGCAGAGCACCGAGACUCAGUCCACUUAUUGGGCUAAUAAUUGAAUAAUCCCCCCUAUUUCUUGGUAGUCCCUUUCCAGCCACGCUCCUACUUAAUCCUCGCUGCUACACUGUGGGGUAGAACAUGCAAAAAUGGGGAAAAUGUAGCAUUAGCCAUGAGUUUGCUGAGACGACUGUAGAAGUCAUAUAGUCCAUCCCCCACAUUUUAUAAAUGAGGAAACUGAACUUCAGAGAAGGUGAAGUAAUUUUGCCCACAGUCACGAGCUAGUUAGUGUUGGAUCUGGGACGCCAACCGGCCUCCUGCCGCCUCCUCUGCUUCUCCUCCAUUAUUCCACAAUGCUACCCCCCUGAAAGCAGGGCAAGUUUACUUCAUGGAAGAGCUGCCGUCACUGCAGAAAUCCCCAGGAUAACAAACCUGAAGUGUACAACCAGAGCGAAUCUUUCUCAGAUUUCAUCAAGUUUUGAAUGAUUGCGACAUAAUGACAGCAGAGGAUUCCACUACAGCAAUGAGCAACGAUUCCACCAACAUGUCAGCGGCCAAAGUUCCUGAAGGUAUUGCCGGGGCCCCCAACGAGGCCGCCCUCCUAGCCCUCAUGGAACGUACGGGUUAUAGUAUGAUACAGGAGAACGGGCAGCGCAAGUACGGCGGUCCUCCCCCAGGUUGGGAAGGGCUCCACCCCCCACGCGGCUGCGAGGUCUUUGUGGGUAAGAUUCCCCGAGAUGUGUAUGAAGACGAGCUGGUUCCAGUGUUUGAGUCGGUUGGGCGUAUCUAUGAGAUGCGGUUGAUGAUGGACUUUGACGGGAAGAACCGCGGCUACGCUUUUGUGAUGUACACUCACAAGCACGAAGCUAAGCGUGCCGUGAGGGAACUGAACAAUUAUGAAAUCAGACCGGGCCGACUUCUGGGAGUCUGCUGCAGUGUGGAUAACUGCCGGCUCUUCAUCGGGGGCAUCCCCAAGAUGAAAAAGAGAGAGGAGAUCCUGGAGGAGAUCUCCAAAGUGACUGAAGGGGUGCUCGAUGUGAUUGUGUAUGCAAGUGCCGCCGAUAAGAUGAAGAACAGAGGGUUUGCCUUUGUGGAGUACGAGAGCCACAGGGCAGCGGCUAUGGCCAGGAGAAAACUCAUGCCGGGAAGAAUCCAGCUCUGGGGACACCAGAUUGCAGUGGACUGGGCCGAGCCCGAGAUAGAUGUGGACGAAGACGUCAUGGAAACCGUUAAGAUUCUGUACGUGAGAAAUCUGAUGAUUGAAACGACCGAGGAGACAAUUAAAAAGAGCUUUGGCCAGUUCAAUCCCGGUUGUGUAGAGCGAGUUAAAAAGAUCCGCGAUUAUGCCUUUGUUCACUUCACCAGCCGGGAUGAUGCCGUCCAUGCUAUGAACAGCCUCAAUGGCACGGAACUUGAAGGCUCGUGUCUUGAAGUUACUUUGGCCAAGCCAGUAGAUAAAGAGCAAUACACACGCUAUCAGAAGGCAGCCAAAGGAAACGUAACUGCGGAAGUGACACCUCAGCAGCCUAACUAUGUUUACUCGUGCGAUCCCUACACGUUGGCCUACUACAGCUAUCCCUACAAUGCUCUGAUUGGACCCAACAGAGAUUACUUUGUGAAAGCAGGGAGCAUAAGAGGCCGAGGGCGAGGUGCAGCUGGCAACAGAGCCCCAGGCCCUAGGGGAUCUUACCUCGGGGGAUACUCUGCCGGCCGUGGCAUAUAUAGCCGAUAUCAUGAAGGGAAAGGAAAGCAGCAAGAAAAAGGAUAUGAACUUGUACCAAAUUUGGAAUUAUCUGCUGUCAAUCCAGUUGCUAUUAAACCCGGUACAGUGGCCAUCCCUGCUAUUGGGGCCCAGUAUUCCAUGUUUCAGGCAACUCCUGCUCCCAAGAUGCUGGAAGAUGGUAAAAUCCAUACAGUGGAACAUAUGAUCAAUCCCAUUGCAGUGCAACCAGACCCAGCCAGUGCUGCUGCUGCCGCCGCCGCCGCUGCUAUCAUACCUGCUGUUUCAACCCCUCCACCUUUCCAGGGCCGCCCAAUCACUCCGGUGUACACGGUGGCUCCAAAUGUCCCGAGAAUCCCCGCGGCUGGGAUCUACGGUGCCAGUUACGUCCCGUUUGCUGCUCCUGCUACAGCCACACUAGCCACACUACAGAAGAACGCCGCGGCUGCAGCUGCGGUUUAUGGGGGUUACGCUGGCUACAUACCUCAGCCAUUCCCUACCGCUACAAUUCAGGUUCCCAUCCAUGAUGUCUACCAGACAUACUGAGAUUUGGGGGAGGGAAGGGUUGUGAAAACAAACAGAAAAACCACUGAAGGAACACUUUACUAUUUAUGAAGAAAGUACCCAUCGCCAAGAACAUGCCUGAACUUUAGUAAAUAUAUCUAGAACCCUGAAAGUGAAGAAUGUUAUCAAAUAUUAAUGUUGAAAUAUUUUAUACAAAUGAAGUCACUAGUUUUUUGUGACUUUUAAAGUGAAUGCUCCUGUAUUCCUACAUUUCUCAGAGAGUUCAACUUGCAAUGCCUUAAUACGAUCUUCUAGUCACAUGUAUGCAAUGGUAUGUUUAUAAAGGUUUUUUUAGCAAUUAUAUUUUCGGUAUGAAGGUUAUUUUCUUAACUUCUGCACUCCAGAGAUGUUUAUUUUGUAGUGCCUUUAAUAAAUAUAUUGACUAUAUAUAUAUUAAGAACAUCCAUGCAGCUAGGUGAUAUUUUGAAAAGAUAUAUUCAAUAUUUAAAGAUACAGAAAAGUAGUGCUUUUAAAAACAUAGACAACCCUGAAUACCUUAUUUAAAAAAAUAAUCCUGGAAAGUGCAAUUUUAAGAUGAGUGAAGCCACUGUGUUGUUGCCGGCCAUUGGGAUGAUGGCGUCAUCUUGGAUACAUUCUCUUUUUGACAAAAAAUGGAAAUGCUCACAUUCUCCUUUAUCGAGGAGGAAGUAGCCUGAGAUUUCUAAGAGAAUUUCUUAGAUUUCGGCCUCUCCCACCGACUGUGCUCUUCCUCAUUUUCCAUUUUCCUUUGUCCUCCAAGACUGGACAAUACUGGACAUUUGGGGAGUGGGUUGUUAGAAACAGAACAGAAAUCGCUGAGUUCUCUAUACUCAACUACUUUUUUGGUAGUAUCUUUUUAUCUGUGCUUUGGUGCAUAUGCUGAAGCAGGAUCUGAUAGAGCUCCCGAGAGAGCGCCUCUAUCUAGCUUCUUCAUUGUCCAGGCCGACAUUGGAUUUCCUUUCCGAUUCUCUUGAAUUUUGUUUUUUUUCUUUCGAAGUUUAAGUUGUAGUGACAGAGAAUGUGCGCUUUAAUUGUAGACAGGGUCCAAAAAGAGUUCUUGUCCGUAGGAGAGUAAUGCUUUAUCCACUUAUGAGUCUGGUGAUCAUGUCUCGUUGCUAAAUUUCUGCUGUAGUUGGGACUAUUAGAAUACUGUGCUUGUAAAACGGGGCUUUCCUCCAUUCACUGUGCACAAGUAACUUCCGCUUCGGUGAACUAAAUUUGGGAGAACACAUCCAGGAAGAGGAGGAGAAACCUGUAGGAGUUUUAAAAGUUUGUAAAUAUCUUCUACUUAGACAUUUUUAAUGUCGUUUUAUUUUGCAAAAAAAGUACAUGGUGUGUGUUUUACCAGAAAAUGAAACCAUUUUAUUUCAAUGUUAUUAAUGAGGUUGUUGGUUUUUUUGUUGUUGUUGUUUUUGUUGCUAUUAGGAAGUAAUUAUAUUAUUGCAGUGUUUUGUGGCCUGUUUAAAGGCUUUUAUUUAGCAGACCGAAUGUAAAAUACAGUAAAAUGUUGAUUCUCACCCACUUUAUGAACUGCAUCCGCUUUGAUUGGAAAACUUAAAGAAGUGAGGUGUGCAAUAGGUAGAGAGUAUGCAGUUAUGUUUUUAUGUCAUUGUGGAUCCAUUCAAUCUCUCCAGCCAUGGGAUUUUUUGCUGGUGGCGGUAUGAAAUUUACAUGUGUGGACAGAGAAGUGGGUCCACUCCCUUAGCAAAUAUUUUUAGAUUUUGUUUAUAAAAAUAUAAAUUAAAAGAUUCCCAAAUGCCUAUUUUCUCAUCUUCUGAUGGGAAGAGUUUUUAUAUAUAAACAAUAUUUAUUUUUAACUAUUCUAUAAAAUUAUUGAGUGCCAGGUUGAAGCCUUUACACGUUCUUGACAUUCUUUUCCAUGAUUUUUAAAACCACACUUAGGGAGUAGAGCAAUUGUGCAAUGUUCUAAAAACAUCUAGAAACCUGCAUCCAAAUCCUAGCCUAUUAGAAUAAAUCAUGUUGUGAGAUUUUUAUGAGGACCAGAUCUUCAUCCUGUAAAACAGUGGAAGAAUCUUUCAUUGGCAAUAGUGGAGGAUUUCUAUAGAAUUUUUUUUAAUAGGAUGAGUCUCUGACACCUUAUUCUUACUGUAUUUUACAUGUGCCUGUAAAAUUAAGUGCAAAAAACAAAAAAAGAAGAAGAAGAGGUUUCUUAUCUUGGCAAAUACCAAACUACCUUAAAACUGAUGUUGGUGACAUAGCCAGUUAGAUAUCAAUGAGCCUCCUGUCUUUGAUCAUCUAUCUGCACCAUCUGUCUGAACCAUCUAUAUUGUUUCAAAACCAUUUCAUGUACACUACUGAGGUAAGUUUAUAACUUGAAAUGUGAAGUUUGGGGAGUUUUUUUUGUGGUUUUUUUUUUUUUUUUUGUCUUGUUUUGUUUUGUUUUUAGGUUAAGAACAAACUCGACCAAAAAGUUUAGUGUGACCUGUUUUUUGAAUGUCGAAGUAGUUUAGUUAUUACCUUUUCUUUGUAUUUUGGAAGCUUUUAAGUUUAUUUAGUUCUUGCUCCUUUUAUAGUUUGUUCUUAGGAUAUAGUCAAUAAAGCAUUCUUUAAAGUAA